GACGUUGCCAGCCAGCGUCGGCAAUGCUAUUUUGCUUGGCGUGAAAAUUAUUUCGCCAGCCGCUAGUUACAAUCUCGGAGGUAACGCCGUCAGGAUGAUUUGGCGACUGUUGAACACGGUCCUAAUGCGGAUCUAUCAACCAAUCGAUCGGGCGGAGACCCUCUUCCUAAACAUGAAGAACAUCUCGAUGAUGAUGAACCAAAUCAUAUUUCUGAUGCUGGCCGAUCGGGUCUUCAUAGCCGAACCGAAGAUGACUUGUCUCUAUACUCUGAUGUUCUACAACGUGAUCACCUACUGCAUCAGCUACGUAAAGGAAUUAAUCGAGAAGGAAGAUUGGUCGCCUUACGUGACCAUCACGGAGAGGUCGCAGAUCAAGCAUCUAGCAAUGUCCGCUACUAAGAUCGUUUUCGAGUGGACGAAAGCCGUCACUUUCAUCGUCACGUUAACGUUCAUGCUUCUCGUUUUCGGUUUAGAGCAAGGACUCGAGCAUUACAAACCAUCGACGAUCUACACGGUGAUCACGUGGAUCUAUUACCUCGCGACGGAAAAACUUUUCGUUCAGCUGUUCCCAUCGAUUUUAAAGUGGCUUCACUGGGAGGUGUUCGACAACCUCGAAGAAUUCUACGCACCGGUGAUACUUAAAUUGUUCACUGUUUGCGUUUCAGCGAUGUUGAUUUUAGCACUUGUACCUGUCGCAUCCUGGAGAUCGUUAUUUAUAGCUAGCUAUUUAAAUAUCUACUUAAGAUUAAAGGAACUCCUGCGUAUAUCCGGGCCGGCGUUGCAACUCGAAAUGGACAUAUUGGGUCCUUAUAGGAAAGCGACGGUCGAAGAGAUCAAACAGUUCGACGACGUAUGCGCGGUUUGCCUGUGCAACAUGACUAGGGCGAGGGUGACACCUUGUUCUCACCUGUUUCACGCGGACUGCUUACGCAGAUGCCUCAAGACCAGCGAAACUUGCCCGAUGUGCAAAAGAGAAUUAAAAUUUCUAUCGGUAUCGGCUCAUUAGCUGUGUAUUCAUUAAUAGACAAAUUUUGCACAUACAAUAAAUGUUUCGUACUAUGUAAAAAUUAGCUGAGAAUACUGGUAUUGUAUUUAGUAUGUACGAGAAAACGACGUACAAUGAAAUUAUCUUAUUUAUUAGACAUAGGAUUAAUUUAUAAAACAAUUUCAAGAUUU